CCUUCUCUCACCCUCCCAGCACAGGUGAUUUAUUUAAAGCUUUGGCUAAAUUAUAUAAACAUCUCCACACCGAAAUAAUAAUCACCCCCAAACGGUGAAGCAGGCGGAAGCUGGGUGACAACGGGUCAGCUGUAUCACUACCAGCAGCUGUAGGAUGUGCAAACCAAUCAAAAAACAAGCGGCAUAAAGCUGCUUGGAAUCGCCCAACGUAUCAGUCUCGACUAUUUAAUCAAGUGGCAAAGACCUCUUGGUUAGCAAUGACUGCUGCACCGGUCGGGGAGUUCACUGCUUUAAAAAAAUAAAAGAAGAAAAGAAGAAGAUGUGCGGAUGCUCAGACUCGUGUGGACCUGGACUGACCGGCCUUCACAUACUACUUUCCGGACCGUACACACAAAACUCAUAAUGCGGUGCCGCGCCGAGCUCUUCUGCGUGCCGCUGUGGCUGCUGCUGGUCACAGCCGACAGCAAGAAGCAACCGAGCCGGGUCCGGAGGUGGACUGGCGCCGUGGACAGCCACAAGCACGGAGCUCCUCUGUCAAAGAAGACACAGGAUUUAACCAAAACCCGAAAAUUAAAAACUGAACAACUGCUCAGGGUUGAUGAUCAUGAUUUCACCAUGCGGCCCGCAUUUGCAGGUCCUGCAAUUCCUGUAGGUGUAGAUGUGCAGGUAGAAAGCUUGGACAGCAUUUCUGAAGUUGAUAUGGAUUUCACCAUGACACUUUACCUGAGGCAUUACUGGAAAGAUGAGCGUUUGUCCUUUCCAAGCACCACUAACAAAAGCAUGACCUUUGAUGGAAGGCUUGUCAAGAAGAUCUGGGUCCCUGAUGUCUUUUUUGUCCAUUCUAAGAGGUCCUUUAUCCAUGACACCACAACAGAUAACAUAAUGCUACGAGUGUUCCCAGAUGGCCAUGUUCUCUAUAGCCUGAGGGUUACCGUGACUGCCAUGUGUAAUAUGGACUUCAGCCGCUUUCCGCUUGACUCCCAGACCUGUUCUUUGGAGUUAGAAAGCUAUGCAUACACAGAUGAGGAUCUGAUGCUUUACUGGAAAAAUGGCGAUGAGUCUUUAAAAACAGAUGAAAGGAUAUCCUUGUCUCAGUUUCUUAUACAGAAGUUUCAUACAACUUCCCGGCUUGCCUUCUACAGUAGUACAGGUUGGUAUAAUAGACUUUACAUCAACUUCACACUUCGGCGGCACAUUUUUUUCUUCCUGCUACAAACCUAUUUCCCAGCAACUUUAAUGGUUAUGUUAUCGUGGGUAUCAUUUUGGAUUGACCGCAGGGCUGUACCAGCUAGAGUAUCGCUUGGUAUCACCACAGUUCUGACCAUGUCUACUAUAAUCACUGGAGUCAAUGCAUCAAUGCCUAGGGUCUCUUACAUCAAAGCAGUGGAUAUUUACCUCUGGGUCAGUUUUGUUUUUGUGUUCCUGUCUGUAUUGGAAUAUGCAGCAGUCAAUUACCUGACUACUGUUCAAGAAAGGAGAGAAAGAAAACUCAGAGAAAAGCAAUUGCCUUGUACUUGUGGAAUGUCCCACGCAAGAACAAUGAUGCUUGAUGGGACAUACAGUGAGGCAGAUGCCAACAGCCUGGCUGGCUACACCAGAACGCAGGUCUUACCUGAUGAACCAGAGAAGCAAGAAAGGAUGGUUGUGCAUUUAUCUAUGAGUAGUGAGUCAACAGCGACCAAAAAGAAAGGACUCAAAAAUUACAAAGGAUUUAAGAUUAUAAAGAACACUCACGCCAUAGACAAAUACUCCAGGAUGAUAUUUCCAGGCGCCUAUAUAUUCUUUAACCUAAUAUAUUGGUCUGUAUAUUGCUGAUUUCAAAGAAAAGAGACAAAAUGUGGAAAGACUACAGAUUUCAUUUUAGUUUGAAUGAAUUGUCUUUGUGCAGUUUACUCUAGGAAGAGAACGGAAGAACUUUGUUUUAUACUACAGAACCAGUGACAACAAUUUCAUUUGUCUCACAAGUUUACUUUUUUUGACGGAACUGGGUUAUGGCUCCUAAACAGAUAGAUUUCUCUUUUAGCUAUCUUGUUGCCAGGCUCAGACAUCUCAGUUCAUAACUCAACAAACAAAAAAGACAACAAAACCUAAUCUGCCGUAGGCAGUAAUAAAAAUAUAAAUAAAAAGAAGUCAGAGCAAGGAAAUGGAGUAGCCUGCUGUGCAAAACAGUAAAUAUUACUGUAGGUGCUGAAGCUUUGUCUCCUUAGUUUGUUUCAAAUAGUUCACCGUGUUCAUGCUGAAGGGUGGUCGGAAUAUGAUUGUACAAAUAGUUCAGUGUAUAAGCUAUAUCAUAAAUCAGUGCUUUGUGUUGCACUUUAAGCUGUGGUACAGUUAUGGGAAAACUGCACUGGGGAUACCAUUUGGGAUUGUAAUUUCAUGCUAAAGUAUGCUUUCACAUGAUUUCCAAAUAUUUGCACAUAAUGUACAUGGCACAGAUAAAGUGAUGAAACUAUGCUAUCCUUAAUGUACCUGUGUUCUGAAGUGUGUCUCAGAUGUUAAUGGUGAACACUGCUAUGCUUUAAAGAAAGUUUUCUGUUCUUUUUCAUACUGUCAGCUAACACAUUUCUGUGACUGGACUUGUCUUUGGAGUUUUGUCAAAAACAGAGCACCAUAUUGAAAGCUGAGGAAUAAACCAGUGAGAAGCAGUACAGGGGGUCCUCGGGUUACGACACAGUUACGUUCCUACAACAGUGAUGUAACCCGAAUUUUGGUGUAAGU